AUGGCCUCCGAUUUCAAAAUGUACUCGUAUGAUGGGGAGAAAUCUUUCACUUUAAAAAAGUGGAAAAUCCGCAAAGGUGCACUCGUGUUGUACAAUAGCGUGAUUUUGUCAUGCAAAUAUGGUGAUUCCAAAGAAGAAGAUGUGAAGGAUCCUUUACUUAGGUAUAAAUCUAAUAUAGCAGGCACGGUUUUAGAACUGGUGGCAAAAGAAGGAGAUUUAAUUCAACCAGGAACAACCCUAAUAAAAGUGCAGCCAUGUAGUCAUCCUGUUACCAUGAAAGAUUUAUGUGCAGAAUGUGGAACAGAUCUCAGACACCUGGAUAAAGACAAUUUUGAUAAACUUGCUGCUGCGACAACAUUCAGUAUGGUUCACAUUGUUCCUGAAUUAAAAGUGUGUUUAGAGCAAGCAGAAAAGCUGGGUCAAGAUGAUGAAGACAGAUUAUUGAAGAAUGAAAAACUUGUUCUCCUGGUGGAUUUAGAUCAGACAUUAAUCCAUACUACAAAUGAUUUUGUUGAUGAAGGAUUACCUGAUAUGCAUCAUUUCAAGUUGUAUGGUCCUAAUUCUCCUGCUUAUCAUACAAAAUUACGACCCGGUGCUAGGAAAUUUCUAGAGAAAAUGUCAGAACUGUUUGAACUCCACAUAUGUACUUUUGGAGCUAGACUGUAUGCUCACAAGAUUGCAGAAAUUUUGGAUGCAGAUUCAAAGCUCUUCUCACAUCGUAUUUUAUCCAGAGAUGAGUGCUUUGAUGCUACUUCCAAAACAGGAAAUUUAAAGGCCCUUUUCCCUCGUGGAGAUUCCAUGGUUUGCAUUAUUGAUGACAGAGAGGAUGUCUGGAAUUAUGCACCAAAUGUUAUCCAUGUCAAACCUUUCAACUAUUUCCGAAAUACUGGUGAUAUAAAUGCUCCUCCACCUGUGUCUUUUGUUUCACAUGGAAGAGAAAAUGUUAAAAAGACUGUAGAAAAUUCAAAGGCUCCCUCAAUGCCUGAAAAAAUUACCAGUGAAAAUGUGCAAGAAAAUGGUUCUGUUGUACAAUCCACUGUGUCUGACUUCAAAUCACAUCCAUGCUUAGAAAAUCCAAAUCAAACAAAUGAACUCAAUCUUGAAAACAAAGCUGGUGAUGUGUCUCCAAAUGAGGUAAAAAAUAGUGUUCCUCUUCCUGAAAAUGCAAACAAACCUGUAAAUAGUGUAACGUCUAAUGAACAUGGAAAUCAGGACAAGAGUCAAAGCUCUGAAAAAGAUGAAGAAGUUAAAACUGAAGAUAUUAAAAGUGAUGAAAAUUGUGAUGUAAAGUAUGAUCAGUUCGGUUACUGUUAUCGAAGAAAAUACGAUGAGCACGGGAAUAAAACAGAACUUUUUGAGCAUGAUCCUUUUGCUGAUCCCAAUGCAGAUGAUUAUCUGUUAUAUUUAGAAGACAUAUUGAGAAAUGUUCAUAAAGCAUACUAUGAUCACUACAAAGAAAUGAAGCUGAAUAAUAAAAGCGGAAUUCCAGAUCUAAAAGUGAUUGUUCCAAAAGUGCGUAAAAAUGUUUUGAAAGGAGUUAAUUUAGUUUUUAGCAGCAUCAUACCUACUAAUUGUACAUUGGAAACAAACAAAUAUUGGACACUUGCAGAAUCAUUAGGUGCACGUGUAUUUAGAGAACUUGUUGUUGAUUCUUCUGAAAAUAGGACGACACAUGUUGUAGCCUCCAAGUUUGGAACAGCAAAAGUAAACUCCGCUCGAAGGCAUCGUGGCAUUCACAUAGUCACCCUGGAUUGGCUGCUGUGUUGUUCAGAAAGAUGGGAACAUACAGAUGAACGCCUUUUCACGCUGACCAAAGAAUCCAACAGUGAUAAAGCAAAUGAGGGCUAUCCUGAGCACUCUUUUUAUGAUCCUAGUGGAAAAGCUUACAAAGGGGUAUCAAAUAAACAGCCCUCUUUAAAGAGAAAGUCUCGUAAGAAUCAUUCUAAAUCAGAGGAAGAAAUGUUCUCAGAGAGAAUAUUUGUUGAAGCAGGUCUCUCAUUUUCUCAAGAAGAAAUUGAAGAUAUGGAUCGUGAAGUUGAAGAGGCAUGCAGUGAAGAAUCUGAAGGAGAAAGUGAGAAACAGGAAUCUUCGAACACUUCUAGUGACGAAUCUCUUUCGUCUGGAGAUUACCCAAAGGGCUGGAAGAGGCCAAGAACUGAGUGUGUUGAUUUGGAGCAAAAUGAUGGUGCAGAAGAAAGUAGUGAUGCUGACACAAUCGGUUCUGUUGAUGAAGAAAUAGUAGAUGCAGUUAAACAAGAGUUUGGAAGCUGUUAAUGUUAAAGUAUAUAUUACGGUUUCGGUUAUUUUAGCUGGAAAAAAAAUCAGGAUUUGACUUGCUUAAUAGAUGCAUACUGUGGGAAAAUAUGAUUUUCCCAUAGAGUUUAUCACACUAACUAUGGAAUAAUGUUCCAUACUGUAUUCACGAAACAGUUCAGUUGUUUAAAAAAUGUGAAAAUCAAAUCAACAAAUUUUGAAAUUUUUUUCUUUUUUAUACAUUACAUAAUUCAGAAUGAGUUUUCAAAUUAAGGUUCUAUUUCGGUUUUGAACUGAAGUCAAUGUAUAUUAAUUAAAAUUGUACAUCAGCUUAUAAUCAAAGUUGUUGCUUAAACUUUUACACUUAAUAAAAUUAAGAAGAAUCAAGGGUAAGCAUUUCCUUUUAUGCUUAUCCAGUUUGUUAUUGUAUACUUAAAUAUUUAGUGUAGGCAGUAUAAAAAACUUAAUUUGCAUUGCAAACAAAAAAUAAAUCCAAAUUGUGUUCACAGCAUAAAUACAUUACUCCCUUUUGUCAUAUGUUUUCCUCCCUUAAUACUGUCAUUAAAUGGUGCUUAUAAAGCCAUAAAAGAGUGACAGGUAACAAGAUUGUUUUUCAAGCAUUAAUGAUAAUAUAGUGCAAUGAUAAUAUAGUGCAAAGUGAAUUGCCAGUCUCCCUAUGAUUUGUUUAUAUUUUUAAUAUGUAAGCCUUAUUGUACUUUGACUUACUUUUACUUUAAAAAAAAAGCUACUUAGGUAAUUUUUAAAUUAGGUACUUGUAAAAGAUUGUUUAUUAUUAUUAUUUGAUUUCUGAUGGGGCAUUAAGUAGUAUAGCCUUUUGUAGCCCUAGUGUGAUCUUCUGAUAUGGCAUCCAGUCUUUCAUGUACCACCAUUUAGGUAAUGACGUCAAAGGCCUAGUUUCUCACCAAAUGGAAGCACCUGGCUCUCUUCGAUGCGAAACUGCACCAGGAAUUUUAAUUUUGGCGAAGGAAUUCUAAGAAUUUGCAAAAGCCAAAUUUAAAAUCUGGAGUGUGUUCUUUCUCAGACUGUUCUGCUCUUUAAAACAAAUAGAUCAAGAUUUAUUAAUAAAAAAAAAACCCUAAAUUAUAUAAAUAAAAAAAGAACUUGUAUACGUUAUAUAUAUAUGUAUGUGGGGUGUCUCUAUUUGGCUUGCAAGACCACCUCUAUUUUCAAUUGUUAGUUCAAGAUGCAUACUUCCAAUUGCAAAAAUGACCAAAAUGAGGUGCAGAGUAAAUAUAUUGAAAGUUUGUAGUGGAAAAAUACAAUUUUUUACACGGACCCUUUGUCCCCUUACUUAUGAUUAGGGAAAUAAUCUCCACUCAAAAAAAUUUCCAGCACAAAAAGCUUGAUAUUAGUUCGACAAAUAUUCAGCGAGAUAUACAACAUUCUCAUCUUCUGCACCAACAAUAUCUCUUAGGUUUUGGCCGCAAAUGUUUCAAAUUUUUUGUGUUGGAUUUGUUUUGCAACUUAAGUUGCAAAAUAAUUCCAAUUGGUGUACUGCUUUCAACUGUACAACUGGCUUUCAUGAAGUUACCAGAAUUUUUUUGUAAUAUAAAAUAGCCAUGUAAUAUUAUUUGAGUCAAGAUUGUGGCCAAGAACUUUUUAAUGGAAUACGUCUGGUUCCCCCCCCCCCUUUCCCCCCUGCAUGAAACAUGUUUGUGCCAUUUUUCCUAAUGUAUGAAAUGCUCUCCUUCUAGUUCUAUUUUAGCUUUAAUUUUAUGAAAUUUUCAAACUCAAAAAAGGUAUUGAUAAUUCUUCCUGUCCUUCUCCAAUUUAAAAUAAAGUUGAUAUUUUUCUAAGGUUGAAGAUGUUUAAACUAAAAUUGUUAAGUGUUGCAAAGAAAAAUUUUAACUUAGGCAUUUAAAGUGUGUUGAAUAUAUUUAUUGUGUAAAUACGUAAUUUUCAUCUGUAAUAAAUUCAUUGCUAUAAUUUUUUAAACUCUUAAAAUAAAUAUGAUUUAUAAUGUAUAUAGUAAUAAACUGUUUAA